AUGGCCCCCAGCGCUGUCUCCCAAGACGUGGCUAUGCCCCAGGCGACUGCCACCCCUCAGACCCAGGUCACCCUUGGUGGAAAGAUCAUCGCAAUUACUGGUGCCAACCGCGGCAUCGGUCUGGGUAUCGCUGAAUGUUGCCUCUCCAACGGUGCCGCCAAGGUGUACUCUAUCGACAUUGGUGAGACGGAAGAGGACUUUGCCGCAGUAUCUAAGCGCUACCCCGGCCAACUCUUCGCGGUCAAUGCCAAUGUGACCGAGGAAUCAACUGUCACGGCGGCAGUGGAUGCGAUUAUCGAGCAGGCCGGCGCUUUACAUGGAAUGGUAGUGAAUGCUGGACGUACCCACCACAAGGCGGCGCUAGACUUUACUAAGGAGGAGAUUGAGAAUCUCUUCAAUGUGAAUCUCUUCGGCGCCUUUUACACCGCACGCGCCGCGGCCCGUGCUUUUAUCAAGCUUGGAAUCAAGGGAUCGGUUGUCUUCACGGCAUCCAUGGCUUCCUACCGCCCCAAUAAGCGCGUUCCCUCCACCCCGUACGGUGCCUCAAAGGCUGGUGUCCGGAACAUGACUCACACGUUGGCAAUGGAAUGGGCACAAUACGGCAUCCGCGUGAACAGUGUAUCCCCCGGUCUGGUCAACACCGCCAUGACAUACUGGGUGCCCCAACAACCAGACUGGGAGCAACAACUCAAGUACUACGGCGGUUUCCCUCGGCUGGCUGAGGUGCAGGAGCUCGGCGGUGCCUAUGUAUAUCUGCUAAGCGACGCCGCGAGCUACACUACUUCCAUUGACAUCCCAGUGAAUGGUGUGAUUGGCAGUAAGUGCUGUCAGAUAUCUCGCAUAAUGGCCUACAAUCACUGA